AUGUCCAUUGGUGUUACAAGUUAUCUACGUGGCCUUCCUUUGGCUGUAAAAUUGAUAGGCUCCACUUUGAGAAAUGGAAACUUAACGGAACGGAGAUAUACACUACAACAGUAUAAUCAAAUCACUGGAAGAAAAAUACAUGAGAUACUGAAAAUAAGCUAUGAUUGCUUACAAGAUGGUGCUAAGCGUAUUUUUCUGGACAUUGCUUGUUUCUUUAAAGAGAAGAAUUUGGAAUAUGUUGAAGACAUACUAGGAGCUUGUUAUUAUGGGACAAGGUUUUAUAUUGAAGUUCUUGUUGAUAAAUCUCUAAUAACCGUUGCUGAUAAUGGUCGCUUGCACAUGCAUGAUUUAAUACAACAAAUGGCUAGAGAGAUUGUUGAGCAAGAGGCACCCUCCAAUCUUCGUGAACGUAGCAGGUUAUGGUAUUACAAAGAUGUGCUUAAUGGAGGAAAUGAUAUUGAAGGAAUAAUACUUGAUCCACCUAAACAAGAAGAAGUGAUGUGGAAUGGUUUGGCCUUUGAGAAGAUGAAUAAUCUUCGAAUUCUCAUUGUUAGAAAUACCCAACUUUUAACAAGUCCUAAAUAUCUUCCCAAUAGUUUGAGAUUACUUGAUUGGAGGGGCUAUCCUUCUAUGACGUUACCAUUGGAUUUUUCUCCUCCAAAACUAGUUUGCUUCAAGGUAUAUGGAAGUCUUUUCAAGAUGGAAGAGGCAUUCCAGAAGUUUGAAUGCGUCACAUAUAUGAAUUUCUCGAAAUGUGAACUCUUAAGAGAAGUACCGGAUAUGUCUCAUGUUCAAAAUUUAAAAACAUUAAGCUUUCGUGAAUGUCGCAAUCUGAUCAAAGUCCAUGAUUCUGCGGGAUCUCUUCGUAAGCUAAUAUUAUUAGAUGUUGGUGAAUGCACCAAACUUAAAAGCUUUCCAUGUGAAAUCAACAUGCCAUCUCUUGAAGAUCUCAUUCUUUCUGACUGCAAGAGUCUUAACUACUUCCCACAUAUAGUUAGAAAGAUGGACGCACUUAACAGUAUUUUUGCAGAUGGGACUGCUAUCAAAGAGCUCCCACCUUCCAUUGGAAAUCUUUCACGGCUUGGAACUUUGUUUAUAAGCUCCUGCAAAAGUCUUAGGGAGCUUCCAAACAGUUUAUUGAUGUUGCAAAAUCUUAGCACACUUGCGUUGGGAGGCAUUCAACCUCGUGGUGGAAGAAAUUAA